AUGGAGCCUUGUGCAUUGUGCGGCUCGUUGGCAGAACCCCUCGUAAGAUGUGGGGCAUGCAGAGAGGUCUAUUGCAACAACUUUGACCACAAAACGAGCCAUAUAGUACGGCAUUUGCAGCUCACAGGUCACGAUCACAUAGAGCCUGUCUCCGAAUUCUAUAUCCCCUCAGAUGUACUCUAUUGUAACGACUGUGAGACCAAGGGAAUAACCAGUUUGGGCUUCCUUCCGACAAAAGCCGACGCAUGCUCCGGGAUAAUAUGCUGUGUGAACUGCCGGAUGUACCACGACCAGACCCAUGAUACCUCCGCGUGGCGUCCCAUAAUUUCCACACACAUAGAUUCCCGCUUCUUUCCUGGACACGAGGAGGCCGAAAACCAAGGUGAUGAGCCUAAUGUUGGAGAUUGCACCUUCACGGGCGUUGAAAGUUAUUACACUCCCCUGCCUAGCACAGAGAUGACGUCGAAGGAUAGCAUCGUUCCCUCUGUGCAUGACAUUUUGAACGACGAUCUCCUGUUUACAAUGGACACUUACAGGUCAAAUCUCUUUUCAUCACUCUCUCCUAUGGAAGCCCAACCGCACGAGCGUCAGACAUUUUUAGAAAUGAUAGAGGAUAGAGCGGCAAGCAAAGUUAACGACCAUUUGAAGCUAGUUGAUGAGGAUGUACCCGUCGUGACAGACACUGCCCUGGAGAGGCUGACCAAGCAAUCAGAUGCAACCCGCAAUCGCAGACGCAUUAUCAAGAAGUCAUGCAUCGAUGAUGAGACAGCGCGCCAGGAGAUUCUGGCGAGCAUAGUACUGGCCAUUCCCUACAACAUGGAGCCUCAGACACUAGAGGCUGUCACGGCUAGAGGAUGUCCUGCAAUGGUUAUGUGGGCUAUUAUUGAUGGCCUACUCCCCGGCUUUGACUUCGCCAUUCCUCGCGACAAGAGCACUCACGUCAGGACGUUUGUUUCGAAGACUGAUCGUUGCCACAUUCUUUCUCACUUCUACUGCAGAAGAAAGCUACAUUAUUUCCACUACAUGCUCCCGAUUUUGGCCCUAGAGCGUCUGAUCACCCGCGAUCAGCUAGAGAAGAACCAGGUGCCAGUGAAGGGCGUGCAGUUCAGAUGUCUUCGAGGGCGAUGGUCUGUCAAUAACUUUGACAAAAGCGGCCUCGCUACCAUCUGUGGUGCGAUGUGGGAGGUGCUAAUUCCCAUACAAGAUAUCUCUAUGGACAUCAAGAUCUAUAAAGGAGAGAACUUUAUUUUGAGAAUUAUCGAUUAUCAGGGUGAGAACCCGAAGGGCUUUACCCUAUAUAAUGGCAUACUAGAGAUUCCGCUCUUAUGUACGUCUGUCAACGGUGACAAUGUCGCCUUUUUUGUUCACCAGAAUUCGGAGUUGCAGACUUCUAUGCCAUAUAACUGCGUCAACUAUGAACUUAUGGUGAAGGAGGAUGUGGUAGAACCCCUCACCAGCGAAAUGGCUAUCGAUCUCAAGUUUACCGACAUUGCGUCUCCCGCCUCUUACAAGCACUCUCACUUUAUUUCUAAACCAAAUUUGCAGUAUGAAAUUGUAAAGUGCGACAACGAUGCAACGUAUAAGCGACACGUUUCUGCCAUUGCGCGAUUGUGUGCUUACAACCCGUCUGUAUGGAGUUAUCUUACCUCUAAGAAGUGGACCCGUGUGUUGAAUUUGUCUUCCGAAGACUUCGUGGACUCUUCCAGUGAGAGAGUUCGACUGACUUCUUUUGACUGUUUUAUCCGCUUUAUUCUCCUAGCGGACUACCGCAUGGCACAUGCGUUUAUGGACCUUUAUAAGCAGGGAGUUGUCACCAGAUACGGGGAGGUGUUGGACGGCAUUAAGACAAGGACAACUGACAGAAAAGCAGUCAAGGAUGUCAUUCCCCAGGAUAAAUAUUCGGCCAACUCCGAUCCCCUUAUCGUCCACAAGUUUUUCAAUCUCGAGGAGCAAUUUAAGCAACUUAACAUGGAUGUUACUGCAGAGCUGGAUCGUAAUGAGCAGAUGCUCAUUGAAAGCCGAGGCAACUCGCGCUCUACUAAGGGACUUCAAAGCUCUUCAGGCUCUAGUUCUUUCUGCCGCGAGGGGAUAGAUGCAUUUCAAAUCUUGUCCUUUGCUGCGACUAACCAAAAGAAGAAGCUCUCUACGUUGCCCUGGAAUACACCGUAUAAAGCGAUGGAAGAGGACAAUCUAGACCCAGGCUUGAUUGAGAAGUAUGCAAACAACUUUGCUCAUCUAACCAAGGGCGUUAAGGUGCGCUCUUCCGAGGAUUUUGAUAUCAACGAGGUUCUUAAGCGUGCAAGCUGUCUCAUGCCGAAAACUCUAAGAUCCAAAGCUGACACUGAACGCUUGAUUAGUGAGUUGUCGGCUUUUCUGGACACACUAGAGGAAAAGGUGACCUUGAACUUUUCACAGAAGGAUGUUAUCCAGUAUGUUCUUUCUCGACCUAUUACGCUAGUACAAGGCCCUCCGGGUUGUGGAAAGACCUUCAUUGGCGCGUGCCUUGCUUGGCUCUUCAGCAAGGUAUACGGGUCAUUAGACCACGAUUCAGGCUCUUUUCGUCAGGCCACGCCAGUACCUGUGCUUAUCUGCUGUCCCUCAAACACGGCUGCUGAAAGUUUAACUCUUGCACUGGAACCCUUCGGCCUACCUGUUGUGAGGGUUGUGAGCCUUGCGCGACAGCGCUUGGCAGAAUAUGAAGAGUCGCCGAAUACGUAUGCAGACAGAGUGUGCCUUCAUGUACUGUUCGAGGAGAUCCUCAAGCUGACCUUGGGUGAUGACGCUCCAUCCGAUUUUACACCUAGCAAAGAAGCGCGCCUAAUCUACGAGAACAUGUUAGAUGAGAUUCCUGUCAAACAGUUUAACGAAGUGUACAACUACCUGCAGAUGAAGAAGAAGGAGAAUAUCGACGUUGCUCUAAAGCAGUCUGCGGAGGAAGAGAUAUCCAAGGCAAUGUUUGAGAUAGAAAACAUAAUUAUUUCAUCCGCCAAAGUUGUUGUCUGCACUUGCAGCACGUCAUACGACAAUCAUCUAUCUCGCGUUCACUUCUCGUCACUCAUCGUCGAUGAGUCAACCCAAGCUAUCGAGCCAGACACCCUCUGCGCCAUAGGCCACGGCUGUUCACACAUCGUCCUUAUGGGAGAUCACAAGCAGCUUGGGCCGAUUGUAGCAACGAACAUUGCGAGACACUCUAAACUUGAUCUGUCGCUUUACGAAAGGCUCCAGCGAGCCGGGAUUGAACCGCAUUCCUUAACAGUGCAGUAUCGUAUGCAUCCGGCUUUAUCAGCCUUUCCAUCUAACACAUUCUACAAUGGAAUGCUACAGAAUGGAGUCACACAGGCGGACAGGCAGCUCAUCCCCAAGCCCUUAUCAAUUGACUCGUUCCCGUGGCCCAUUCCCUCAACUCCGUCAUUCUUUUGGCACGUUCAAGGAACACAUGAGAUAGGCCACGGUACAUCUCUUCGUAACGAUACUGAGAUUCUGUGCGUAGAAGCCAUUGUUGACCAGCUACUAAAAUGCUACGAAUUAAAGCAGAGUGACAUUGGUAUAGUGACCCCUUAUGACUAUCAGAAGUGUCAGAUAGAGAUGCAGCUCAAGGACGCUGGGUAUUCAGAGGUUUUCGUCAACAGUGUUGAUGCGUUUCAAGGCCACGAAAAGGAGGUAAUCAUCUUUAGUACUGUCAGAUCGGUUGAUAAACAUAUAGGAUUUUUGAAGGAUCAAAGAAGGCUUAAUGUCGGUCUGACACGCUGCCGCUGCGCGCUCAUAAUAGUUGGCAACGCAACUGCUCUCGCCAUUGAUAGUACUUGGCGUUCGUUGAUUCAACAUUACUAUAACAACAAAGUUCUUGUGAUGGGGAGAGAUCUGGAUCAGUUAUUCCAGAUUGAGUCUCUCGACGAGGUAAUUCCUAAGGCAUAG